GCGGGCGACAGGGGUGGGGGCCGGCCGUGAAGAUGGCGGCAGUGGUGGAGGUGGAGGUUGGAGGAGGUGCUGUUGCGGAAAGGGAGCUAGAUGAGGUUGAUAUGUCAGACCUCUCUCCAGAGGAGCAAUGGAGGGUCGAGCAUGCACGUAUGCAUGCCAAACAUCGUGGCCACGAAGCCAUGCAUGCCGAAAUGGUCCUUAUCCUCAUUGCUACCUUGGUGGUGGCCCAGCUGCUCCUGGUACAGUGGAAACAGAGGCACCCUCGUUCUUACAACAUGGUGACCCUCUUUCAGAUGUGGGUCGUUCCCCUCUAUUUCACAGCGAAGCUGCAUUGGUGGAGGUUCUUGGUGAUCUGGAUCUUCUUUUCUGCUGUCACAGCCUUUGUCACCUUCCGAGCCACACGGAAACCUCUAGUACAGACAACACCAAGGUUGGUUUAUAAAUGGUUCCUCCUAAUCUAUAAAAUCAGCUAUGCCACUGGCAUCGUUGGCUACAUGGCUGUCAUGUUUACCCUCUUUGGUCUUAACUUAUUAUUCAAGAUUAAACCAGAAGAUGCGAUGGACUUCGGGAUUUCUCUUCUCUUCUAUGGUCUCUACUAUGGAGUUCUUGAGCGGGACUUUGCAGAGAUGUGUGCAGACUAUAUGGCUUCUACCAUAGGGUUCUACAGUGAGUCGGGCAUGCCUACCAAGCACCUUUCAGACAGUGUGUGUGCUGUGUGUGGGCAGCAGAUCUUUGUGGAUGUCAAUGAAGAGGGCAUCAUCGAGAACACAUACAGGCUUUCCUGCAAUCACGUAUUCCAUGAGUUCUGUAUCCGAGGCUGGUGCAUCGUGGGGAAGAAGCAGACGUGUCCCUACUGCAAGGAGAAGGUGGACUUGAAGAGGAUGUUCAGCAACCCCUGGGAGAGGCCUCAUGUCAUGUAUGGACAGCUGCUGGACUGGCUUCGGUACUUGGUAGCCUGGCAGCCUGUCAUCAUUGGCCUGGUACAAGGCAUCAGCUACAUCCUGGGCCUGGAGUAAUCAGGAACCACAUCAUUGGAGAACCCACCUCACCCACCAUGGACCUCAGGGCACUCUCUUUGCUGCCCACGAAGACUUGGGUGGGAAAGACUCAAAGGCACUUGGGCCACUCAGGACCUCCCCAGCUGUGUCUGGGUUGCAAGGGGGGAGGAAAUGAUGGAGAACCAGCCAGUGGGGCUGUCAGCAGUGGGGGCUUUUUAAAAGAAAAUUAUUUUGAUGAAUA